AUGGAUAUUACGAAUAGGCGGAAGAAAGCAAGAGAUGUAGGAUUGUGUUUUAUGUGUUUACGAGACAACCACCGAGGAAAUAAUUGUAAGAACUUUCGAGUUUGCGGUACCAACGGCUGUACAAAAAAUCAUCAUAAACUCUUACAUUGCCAGCAGUCACCUUUGAAUAGUAACGCGCAAAAAUCUAUUACGAAAAAUGGAGAUACAUUCGGUGAACCAAAGCAGCAACAACAACAAGGAUUCUUCACAAGAAAAAGUCAAAUAGCUUUACGUACUGUUCCAGUAGUAGUGUACACAGAAAAUUCUAGAAAAAUCUUGAUAAAUGCAUUACUAGAGGGCGGAAGCACGAAAACGUAUAUCAAUCAAAGCCUUGCUGGAGAACUGGGACUUCAAGGAAAAAUUGAGACAGUCCAGGUGAAUACAUUGAAUGAUAAAGUUCAAACUUUUGAAACAAUGUCAGUGAGUUUAACUGUUAAAAGUCUAUAUGGGCAGUCACAGACGGAGAUGGAUGCAUUAGUAUUAGACAAUGUGAUAGGAUCGUUACAGACAGUUAACUGGAAUAAAUACAUAAACAAAUGGGAGCACUUAAAGGGAAUUAAUUUUCCAUUCAUUGAUCAGAAUAGAGCUGUUGAUAUGUUAAUAGGACUGGACUAUGCUACGUUACAUUCUUCGUUACACGAAAUUCGCGGAAAGGCUGGAGAACCAGUUGCACGGUUGACUCCUUUGGGUUGUGUGGGGCAGCUAGAUAACGAUCCACAACAAAUAAGUCUGUUCUCAACAUACUUUGUUAAUGAACCAGAUGAUUUAGACCAAAUGUUGAAAGGUUUCUGGGAAAUUGACAAUUCAGGUCUGACAAUAAAAGAACAACCGUUAACACAGAUAGAACAAAAGGUUUUGAAAGAAAGUGAAAAGGACAUGAAGGUUGAAGACGGUCGUUAUGAGGUGAAAAUUCCGUGGAAAACAGAUCCAAGUAACAUUCCAAAUGAUUAUGAAAUGGCCGUCAAACGUUUGCAACAUACCGAGAAAAGGUUGAAAAAAGAACCAAAUAUUGAGAUUGCGUACACAGAGACUAUAGAAAACUAUGUGAAUAAAGGAUACAUACAUAAAGUACCCCAAGAUGAAACAGAUCCAGUAAAUAAGUGGUACUUUCCUCACUUUCCAGUAGUACGGCUUGAAAAAGAGACAACCAAAGUAAGAAUAGUCUUUGAUGCAUCGGCAAAAUACAACGGAGUGUGUCUGAAUGAUUUUAUUCAAACAGGUCCCAAGCUACAGAAUGAACUUUUCGAUGUAUUACUUCGAUUUCGUAAAUAUGACAUUGCUCUGGUUUGCGACAUAAGUGAAAUGUAUUUAAGAGUCGGAAUUCACGAAACAAACAUAAUAUUUCAUAGAUUUUUAUGGGACUCUUGCGAAUAUGAGUUUAGUACUCUAGUGUUUGGUGUUAAAGCGUCACCCUUUCUAGCACACAACUGGUUGCACAGACAAACGCGAAACUGA